CGCCCUGACGUUUGAUCCGCCGCAGCAGCCUCUACAGGCCGGCAGGUGGCAGCAGCAAGCCGCCGGUUCUUCCACUCCAACCCUGCGCCUCAGAGCCGAAGGAGGAACGGAGGAGGAGCGCUGUCAUGGCGGCCAAGGUGGUGAUGCUGGCCGUCCCGACGGUGAUGGGCAUAGCCUCCAUCCGGGUGUAUUCUGUGAGCGAGGUGACCAGCGACGGACUGGUCACUCGAGAAAAGCUGAACAUCUACAGCCCGCUGCCACAGGCGGUCCAGGCCCACUUUGUGCCAGAGAGGCCGGGUGUCGUUGAGCGUGGGUUAACUACAACAAGAGAGGGCCUGCUACCAUUUGUCCAGGCUGUUAAGGGCGCUUGUGUCGCUGUGAAAACAAGAAGCGUUAACAUAUACUAUGCAGGAGAAGAUGUGUACUAUUACUUAAAAGACCCACCCGCGGGUUUCUUACCCAGAUUUGGAACCAUCACCCUGGGCGGCCUGCUUGGCAUGUUCUUGGCACGGAAAGGCUCUCAUUUCAAGAGGUUAGCCGUUCCACUGGGCCUGAUGAGCGCGGGAGCUUCAGUGUGCUACCCGGCUCAAACGGUGGCUGUGCUGAAGGUGACUGGUAAGAAGGUGUACGCUGCCGGGCAGUGGAGCAGCGCUGCAGUGUCUUCACUGCUCACCUCCACGUCCCAGGAGCCCGACAUCAAAGGGACGGCUGCCUCACGACCACAGAUGGCUGCAGUUGUUGACGAGGCCUCGGAGCCCCCCUCAGGCAACUCGGCCCCGAGCUCGACAGACCCGGAGACAGAGGUCGAAUCAGCUGGGUCUGUUCCGGUGUCUGAGUCCGCUGUCGCUGUGACAACAGAGGAGUCGGUACAACUUCUGGUGAGCUACCCCAACCUGACCCCAACAGAGACCAGCACAGAUCCAGUGGCAGCAGAGACAACCUCUGAAGACGUAUGUGCAUCUGUUGAAAGCCAGCAUCCCUCUGACAUACAACUGGUAGCAGAUGACUUCUCCACCGACACCAGCCCAGCUAUGCCCACACCAAGCUUAGAACCAGAGACGUUAAAUGCUUCUCCAGUGGAGGCCGACACAGGAGUGGACUCUAUCCAAGUAGAUUUUGUCCCAGUGGAGGCUUCUCCAGUGGAGGAGGCUGAAGUUGGUUCCAGUCCAUCCACUGAGGAACUGCCAGCUCCAAAGGCCUCAAAUGAGCCAACAGUCCUAAUGCAAGAAUCGGAAGCCUCUGUUAAACCGGAGUUAACUGAGCCACAACCAGUUGCUGCCGUGGAGGAGACACUCGCACCACCUCAACAGCCUGCACCAGAAAACAGCAAAGGGGGCUCCAGUUUCACAGCGGACCCUGCUCUGAUGGACUUUGGCCAGUCCACCCCCGAGGAUGAAGACCUUUACAGCACACGCAGCUGAAUGGCCGCAGGAGAAAGCUCAUUCCCACGCUGCCAUCUCGUACCUCCUCCCGAUAGGCAGAGGCUCCGUACCCUCACGCCGUGUAAAUAGGUUCAUUUGCAAAAGUCAGGAAGUUUUUCAUCACCGUUUCCAUUCUUGUUCCUUCGGCCCCUAUCAUUUACUUUUGCACACAAACGGUCAAAGUAUGUCUGCUUUUUAGAAGCAAAAAGCAGCAUUCACCCAACAACAACAAAUGAGUCAGAUGAAAAAGGAAAGAAUCUCACCAACUGUUUCCAAGUCUUUUCAUCCACAGGUGGCAGAUUGUGAAUUAGUCUCUGUAUGUGUCAUGGAUCAUUUUUGGCCUUUUUGCGAUAACUUUCACAGUCAUCGGUGCGUGGAGCUUUUAUUUUCCAUAAUUUAUCCCACUGCUUAGAUGUGCUGAUUAGUGCACAUGGGCUGUUAAUGAUUACAAUAUGGAUGGUUGCUGUUCCAUUGUACGGCGUCGGAAAUUCUCCAUUUGUUUAAAAUCAAAAAUAAAUCUAUAUUUUUCAUGA